AUGCUGGAACGAGCGGCUGGAUGUCUUGAAAACGCGGGACGGCGUUUCUUCCGGGAUUCAAAUGGUGCCAUACGAAGUCGAAGGGCAUUCUAUUCCAGUGCUGUGCAUUAUUCUCCAACCAACUUGGAACUCCAUCAUGGCGUUCCGAUCACACAGUCGCCGCAACGACCCGCGUCGAACGAUCUGAACGCCAUCGCGCCCUCCAACGAUACACGAACGCCGGUACUUGACUUCUUGUAUCCGCUUCCUACUCAGGAGUUCGCAGCCUCGUGCCUCCUUCAUGCCCAGAGGAGACUCGUCCCGCGUCGAAGGAGAAAAACAAGCCCCAGCCUGGCAAGACACUACACAUCGCAAGCCCCCGACCUCGAACAGUCGGAUGAACUUGACCUAUUGGACUCGGAGAAAACCAGUCCAUUUGCCGAUGAGCAAGAUGCGAAAAAAACUCAUGUUGAAAGGCUUGUUCCCCCAGAGGAUGAUGAUUCUGAGAUUUACGAUGGUGCAUGGGACCGUUACGUCGCUGCUGGCCGCCCUCCUCAAGUCAAUUCGGCACUCCUAGCAUUUCUCAGCCGUUCACAUACGGAUAAGGAUUUUAGACGUGCUAGAAGUGUGUUCAAUAUUAUUUCCCCCGAGUCACGUUCCCCAGAAGAUUACGUGCACAUGGUCAAGUCAGCUCUAGCCACCGACAGACUGCUCGACGCGAAGAUCUACUGUGAAGAAGCCAUAUCUAAUGGUAUUGGCAUCAAGUGCUGGGCUUUUCUUUUAGCGCAUUACGUGAGUGAUUUUCAGUGGGACUGGGCGCAGGAAAUUUGGGACCUCGAGUCAUCGCUCCUGGAGAACGAUCGGGCUCGAACAUGGAUUGAACUCGCCCCCCAUUUUGAUAUGUCGACCUUCGAGGACCCUUUGGUUGAUCUGGCAGACUUUACGCGAGAGCUGACAAGGCACACAUCGCUACAUGAUUUGGCUCGCUUCUUUUUUGAUAGUGUUUGCUCUAGCCAAGAUUUUGUCGAAAAGUCUUCGAUUGACGGCAUUCUGCUAGUCUUGCAAAAGUACAACAACCUAAAUCUACUUCGGCCUGCACAUUACAUCAAUAUCCUCAAUCUGCUUCGAAAAUCCGAAAGUCGACAAAUCUUCAUUCGAUCUGUUGUUAUAUACCGAAAUUACCGUUGGAAAAUGGAUGGACGGGUUUCGGCAAAGCUUUUGGGCCAUCUGGUACGAGGCCUCUCGUCCUUCCAGAUUACGACCGGACUGUUAUAUUUUCUCGAUGAAUUUACCCAUUUCUAUGGAAAACCUUCGUUGGAUGCUUAUAAGCAUGCACUGAUUGCUUUCUCAAGAGCUGGUGACGUUGAUAGCGUCAACGAUCUUUUUGAGAAGAUGGUGUCCCAACACGGGAUGCCCAGAAGUCGAAGGCUUGUGACCCCUCUUCUCUACGUCCAUGCGAGGGUUGGUAACGUGCGAGAAACAUUGCGCCAAUUCAACCGCGUCCCGGAAGAAUUCGGCCUUCGCCUAAAUACAGUAUGCUGGAAUAUUUUGCUUACAGCAUACGCCAACGCCGAGGACCUGAGUGGAUGUUUCAAGAUCCUGAGGCAGAUGUUUGACCAGCACAUGGAUCCAAACUCGCACACAUUCGGCAUCGUGAUGGGUCUUUGUGCUAAUCGAGGUGACAUCCAGGGUGUCCGUGAUCUGCUAGAAUUAGCCAAAGAGUACGAUGUGCAGAUAACAGCCCCCAUGAUUGACACUGUCGUGGAAGCACAUUGUCAGAAUCAGGAGUUUGAAGAGGCAGAAGAGAUUGCGCAGACGUGCCUUGGUUUGGACAUUGCAGGUUCGCGUGUCCGGAUGUGGAAUGUCCUACUGUGGAACUACGCUUUCAGAAUGGAUUUGGAGGCGAUUGCCCGAGUUCGCUCGCGUAUGGAGGAAGCCGCCUUGUACCCAGAUGGCAUGACCUAUGCUGCUCUCAUGCUCAGUUUAGUUCUCGUCGGCAAGACGGAAUCGGCCCGUCGCAUCUUGAGACAACUUCACAGAAACAACCGCGCAUAUGCCACUGAAUUCCACUAUGCGAUUGUUUUGUUUGGCUUCGUGAAGAGCAGAAACCGAGAUAUGGUACAUGUCAUCUUCAACGAAAUCCAAGAGCGAUUUGGAGAGGCUGAUCUUGCCGCGAGGCUCCUCAUAUUAAAAAAUCAACUCCGGCGAGACUUGCAAUUGCUUGAGCAUGGUGGUACUGAUGCUGCUGGCGCCCAUAAUCGCCUGGAGAAUGCAGAGAAGUUCCUCAAGGAGACUAUCUCAGAGUUCCACACCAGGAAGAUGGCCACCAAGUCUCCUGUGCUGGGUGCCGGCAGAAUGUCUGCCAAACAGGCAUUCCCCAUCGCAUACUACGAACAUAUGAUGAAUGCUUAUGGAAGACGAGGAGCUUCUAGAAGGGCCCGAGAGCUGUUCGAUGAAUACCUUCAGAGUCAACGAAUCUCACCUUCCGACGAUGUCGCUCAAGUAGCUCCGCUUCGCCUCCUGACAGCGCUGAUGCUCGCUCAUGUCAGGGCCUUCGAAAAACUUGAACUGGUCGAAGAAUAUUGGGACAUGGCUUUCAAGCGCGCCAUCAAAAUGAUUAGCCGACCGAACAUCGAAGCAUGGUUUUCCAAUCCUAGUGCGCCUCUCCCGUCCGAGGACGACCUUCUCGUGUGGGCCGAACCUCGUGGGGACUUGUCAGAGGCCAAUGUUGGAGCGUCAGAUCGUGGGGGGUUCGCCAUUCUGCAUGCGCAUCGCUUCAUGCUCUCUCGGGCCCUCUCUCUGCUAAUGCGUUCCCUGGCCUAUAGGAAUGAGAUUGGAAGAAUAUCGACAGUCAUAAUGGAAGUCGAGAAGGCCGGCUUCGUUCUAACCACCCACAACUGGUCUACUUUCGUGCAGCUGCUCGCGUCUUCUGGGAAUGAAUCAGAUCAAAUUGAAGCAUUCUCCUUGUUCGAGCAUAAAUUCAUGCCUAACUUCCCCGGAUGGAAGUAUCUGAGGCGAGGAUAUGGUGUUAAGCCCCAUGGUGUGCCUUCCACUAUCGAUUCUAUGGAGAUUAAAGGACAACGUGGCCCAUCACACUUGCUUGGCAAAGAAGGCAAACGAUACUGGAGCAAGAUCCAGCCAGAUUUCAUGCAGCCCACUUACGUAUCUAUGGUGUAUCUGGCCGCUGCAUUGAAGCAAUUCCGACAGAAAAGUAUUUGGAAGGGAGCGGUUGACCUUGAAAAAAUCAAUGCUGUCGCCCCAGAGACCCUCACGGCUGUCGCCGAGAUGCCUAGACUUGGUGACAAACUGCAGGGUGUCCUUCUUCGUGGCCACGAACAGAGGCCCGAACGGCCGCCGCUCGAGCGCGAUCAGUUUGUAUGGACCGGUGGUAUCUUGAGGGCGGGUGGUCUCACGAAGACUUACUCAUACGAUGAGCCGCUGAGUGAGGAGCCUGCGGAUGAAGCCCAGGCUGCGGAGCGUGUCACUGAGGCUGAAGAAGUUACCGACCUUGAAGAAGCAAUUCCAGAUAUUGAGGAGUUCCGCGAUCUGUUCAGGAGAACGUUGGAGAGGUCGGAUGAGUUCGAUCUGGAAGUUCAAGCCGUUGUGAACAGAAGACGUAAGGCCGAAGGCACCACUGAGGAACUCGGCGACGAUGAG